GGACACCCGAGCGCAACUGAACCCCGUGGUGCAUCAACGACAUUGCUGGGAAUGUAUGCGCCGUCGGCUCGUAUGCGAUUUCGAGCGUCCUACUUGUAACAAAUGCCGAUCGGCUGGUGUUGCUUGCCCCGGAUAUGACGAAAAGAAACCACUCAGAUGGCUAGCCCCUGGCAAAGCGACAUCUCGUCCUCGGAAGCGACGUUUUCCUCCUGGCACGGACCGCUCGUCAUCAGUCAGUAGCGAAGAGACGACUAACAAGCAGGCUGUUCCGCAAACCAGCGUAGGAAGUGAACUACUGCGAAUACCAAACCCAGGCCGAGAGCUGAAAAGCGAAACAUGCACAAUGGUUGAGGCUGUGCGGUACUUCAACGACUAUGUCUAUCCUGACUUUCGCGCUAUGCACGAGUUGGCGCCGAACCCUUACCUUGGCCAGUUUCCCCUAGAUGCGCUGCACCAAAUGCCCAUGUCAAUAUGUCACACAUUAGUUUAUCUUGCCCUCGGUCACCGCAUCCAUCGUGUGUACCCAGAAGAUCACUGUCGCUCGUUGGCGCGUUUGCGACCGAGCCUUUAUCAACAUAGAGGACUAGCACUUCGAUCCUUGACUGAGCUGAUGGGGAAUUUGAGCAACCAAAUGACCAUCGAUCUUGCCAUUGCAAGCAUUAUGUUAUUCUUAAUUGUAGAUGCCAGACAGCUGCCGUCAGUGGAUUGGCAGCACCAUUUCACUGCCGCCAUGGAGUUGAUUAAGCUGCGUGGUGGUCUAGCAAGUCUUGCACAUUCCUCCGAGUAUCUGAAGCCCUUGAUACUCCAUCUUCUCAUCCUGGGGGUGAUGGCUAACACGACUACUCCUCCAUCACAACAUAUUCCACCCACAUCGCAACUCGAACUUAUUGACAUCAUGACAGAGCUAUACGGAGAUGGGAUAUACCCGAUCCUCCUAUGCCCCCCUUACCUCCUAAUGGAUGUAAUCAAGAUUAACAACCUCCGCUUCCAAACGACGUCUUCCCCCAUAACUGAAAUCACACGAGCGACAGCGCACAAGAUACUCGAGCACAUCGAGGCCUUCUCGCCCGAAGACUGGACGGGCACCAACUCCGAAGCCCGAGAGGACUGGUUGCUACUAGGACGCAUGUACAAGUCCUCCGUAGCACUGUACUGUAUCUCGUCUCUCCAAAACCUGUCCAUCCUUCCUUCCAGCAAGUAUUAUACUGCUAUGAGGACUGUACAUGGGACCUGUCUAUAUACUCUUCUUCCAAAGGUUACCCACCGCCCCCGUAUCAAACAUUUGACGAUAUGGCCACUGGUCGUAGCGGGGAUGCAAGCCGUUGAUGCGAGUCCUAAUGUCCGUCGUAUCGUUGACGAGCUAUUGUCAGAUCUGAGCAAAGUUAUGGGGUGCCCGACGCCUAUGUUGGCGAGUGCUGUGUUUCAUAGGUUUUGGACUUCGGGGCAAACAAGGUGGGAUGAAUGCUUUGAUAAAGCAUACGUGUUUGUGACAUAGGUCCAGAUCCAAACUUUAAGCAUGUAUUUAGAUCAAUGGACAUGCUUAUGGGAAGGUCAAGGUUACGAAUUUCAUG